CAAUACUUAGUGUCCCGCUUACGAGAAAACUAACAUCACCAGUGUCUUACACGAACUGUGACAUUUAACACUCACCCUUUUCCGUUUUAAGAUGAAAUAAUGGGAGAUGCAUGCUGCAGUGUCAGUUUGAAUUUGUCCGAAAGAAAACCCUAAAAUUAAGAAUGAAAAUACCCUUUUUUUAACUUUCUUGCUGCUUUGUUUUAUCUUUAAUCAUUUAAAAUGAUUUAAACAUGUAAUUUAGGUCAAUUCAAUGCUGACCGUAGCAUAGUUGUAUGAGUUUGAAUUUAUUAAUCUUAAAAGAAGUUGACCGUUUGAAGUUUUGUUUUGAGAAUUUAAUACUCAUUGGAAAUUAAGAUUGUACAGUUAUGAAGAUGAUGGGUUUCGGGGAUUAAAUUAUGUUUAACGACGAAAUUAAAGACGAAAAUGGUAAUUGGUGUUAAGACAAAUUGAUUGAUCUAUUGUCAGAUCAGUGUCUUCAGAACUUCAUAGCUUUCGAAUUAUCAAAAUGUUAGUAAAUAUCAUGUUUAAGCCUUUGAUAUCUUAACACGCAUUUGUAUAUCAAACAGUACAAACGGAUUUUGUAUUAUUGUCCCAAUUCAUUCAUGCACUUCAAGUAACUGAAUUGACGAGACUAUAUGACAUUAUGUGCGCUUGGUGGCAGCGCAUCAUGUAGAUGCGAACCGUAGGCUGUGUUAACACAAACAUAUUAAUACGAUCAUUUUAAAAAGUACAGGCCAACAGAAACAUACUGCCUUUAGAAAUAAAGAAAAUGCUCAUAUAGUUUGAUUCUUGAAAUUAAUGGCUCAUUAAUAUCGAAAUGUUGGCUCUGUUUUUGCUGGUGAUUAGUGAUGAAACACCAAACAGCAAGUGCAAACUGUUUUUUGUCGAAGAUCGAAGUCCCUAUAAAUAUAUAUUUUUAAUUCAUUCCCAAUCAAGACGUGAUGUUCACAUUUAAUUGUUUCGUCUCGAAAUGCAUUGUGUUGGGUCCAGAUUUCAUUUUAUUUUGACCUCCCCUUAUAAAGGGGCGUAUACGUAUUCGAGAAAGUAGUAACUAGUUUUUUACACCUUUUACUCUACGUCUUAAAACUGAACCAAACAAUUACAAGUAAUUAAGUACGCGUGCGUAGAUCCUUUCUCUAGUCCGCCCCCAUUUACUGAUUUGUUUGACUAAUAUCACUGUCAAGGUGGCUUGUCAAAGGGGUCUCCAAUAUACAGCACAAAGGGAUUUGGGUCUUCAUACGUCAUGAAUAUAAAAGCCUGGAGAGUUUCGAGAGACAAUGAACUUGACAGAUCUAACAUUUUGUCCCACUUUGGAGGGGCACUACGGAGCACUUCAAAGCCCCGUGGAUGACAGAGGUCAUCAAAGGGCAGCUGUGCACUAUAAAUGCUCUUACUCGGGGGACAGGGCACUCGCAGCCUCAGUCUAAGCUAGACAGGCAAGGAGUAGGACGCUGAAUACCCUUUUCUGCCUCUCGACUUUACGUUCUCUCUUGACGGUAUUUGUUCACAAGCUGCAUAAGCGGAAUUACAAAUAGCCGUAGACAUGGGCACCUUCAUACUCGCUGUUCUCGUCGCAUCCUGGACCAGCGUCGGGGCUUCGGAGUCAGUUUCGCAUCCCGGCUCCCUGGGACUCAGUGAGACAUUAUAUCUGGACUCCUACGACCCCAAGCGCUCCUCUUUGACUCCGGGAUCCGCUUUUGGAUAUACAAGCUCCCGGUACCACCCCAGCAGGUACCCGUUGUACAUGAUGCAGCUGUACCGCACCUUCAAGGCUGGGGAUACGACGGCUGUCAGCUUCGUCAGCAGCAGCGGCGCAGACAACCCGGACUCCGUCCUAAGUCUGAUAGCGAAAGGUUGCCAUCAGGUUGGUGACAAGUGGACCGUCACAUUUGACAUGUCCUCCAUCUCCGCCAGUGACGAUGUCCAGCUCUCUGAGCUGCGGAUCCGACUGCCUGAGUUCAGCACCGCCAAGCAUGCCACCGUGGACAUCUAUCACUCCCGAAGUCACCCCUGUUCCCCAGAGAUGAAGCCUUGCCCUGAAGAGCGCCUCCUACUGGGAAGCUUCAACUCCUCUCCCAGCAGCAUCAAGUCUUCCUGGAAGGUCUUCAAUGUGACGGCGCUGCUCAGGUACUGGCUGCACCAGGGGGAAUCCUCUCCUGGUCAGGUGGAGGCUGUGGAGGAGCCAGUGCCACAGGAGAACGAGGAACACCAGGAGGAGAAGGAGGAUCCUGAGCACAGGCUGAGGCGCCCGACACAGAGGCGGGUCCAGCACCCAACUGCUGACCGGGUGAUGAUGGUGGUCUUCUCCAAGCACAGGAGAGAGCCACACGGCCAGCGCACCCCCACGCUCAUCCGCACCGUAGAGCACUCCAAGUACGUGGGGCUGGACCGGGGCAGCCGGGACUCCCAGAACCGACGGCACAAGAGGAACCGCAUGGAAAAGGAGCGGGUGCGAGCGGCAGGUGGCCCAGUGGUCACCCCACCCCCCGCGGAGACCAGCCAGCGCCCCCUGUGCCGGAAGGUGGACAUGUGGGUGGACUUCGACCAGAUUGGCUGGAACGAGUGGAUCGUGUACCCCAAGCGUUACAAUGCCUUCCGCUGCGAGGGUGAGUGCCCCACCCCAGUUGAUGAGUCCUUCAAGCCGACCAACCACGCCUACAUGCAGAGCCUCCUGAAGCUCUAUCACCCCGAGCGAGUGGCAUGCCCGUCCUGCGUGCCCAUCCGCCUCAGCCCGCUCUCCAUGCUGUACUACGAGAAUGAAGGCGUGGUCCUGCGUCACCAUGAGGACAUGAUCGUGGAGGAGUGCGGUUGCCACUGACUGGGUGUGGCCUCCACCCCCCAAUCCCAUUGCCCCCCACCGUAAAGCAACUCCACAGUCACUUAAGCGGGUCACCAGUCAAAACUAAGAAGCUUACUGACAAUCCCAGAGGUGCAAAACAAAACUUUAUCCCUCAGGACUGGAACAUACAAACAUACCAAAGACCUUUGGUAGUUGGCACUCCUACCUUGUGUCCUGCAAGGUUAUUAUUUAAAGUUAACCUCCAGAUGUGGGUAAAUGCAAGUCACCCAAAGUAACUUUUUGAUAGUUGUCAUGACUGUGAUAGCUCUUUAUUUCUUCUGAAGUUUUGAAGGUUGACUUAAAUCUUCGAUCCUUAUUUCACUCUUGUAAUGUUAAAUAUUACAAGAAUAUAUUUAAAUAUUUUGUGAUUUUUUUUUCUUUGUUGUAUAGAAAUGUUUGUUGCAUUGUUUUUCCAUUCAUAGUAAAAAAAUAUGUAUUUUUAGAGUACUAUGAAAUUUCUGCUGAAAUGUUCAGAGACAAGUUAUACAUUUUUGUACUUUCAAUGCAACAGGAGAACUAAGGGAAUCUAAAAAUCAUAUGAAUUUCAUGAAUAGUCCUUUUCGUAGGUCUUUGUUAAACAGGCUAUAUUAACACGUAUGCUGAUAAUUCACAGUGUAAUUAAUUAUAUUUUUGUAAAUGACAUUGUAAAAAGAAUAUUAAUA